AUGGCUGAAGUACAAACUCAACAACCUGUGGAAGCCAACCAUGCGCAAGCUGGAACGGCACCCCAAGAGACAUCCCAGCAGCAGGCAAAGCCGGCGACACCUGCUGCCUCGUACCUAGGCGACAACUUGAUUCCCGAUGCAGAAAUGGUCUACGAUCAGAAGCGCACGAUCAACGCUCCACCAGAGGACAUAUGGCCAUGGCUGGUCCAGUGGGGCAAGGACCGCGGCGGCUGGUACCUCCCCGCCAAGGUCGAGAAGAUCCUGCCCGAGAAGUUCCGCAGCACGCCGACCAUCGUGCCCAAGUGGCAGACCCUCAAGGUCGGCGACACCGUGCCCGACUACGGCCUGGGAAAGAAGGAGUCGGCCGAGGGCCACAGCAUCGAGGUCGCCAUGAUCGAGAGCGACCGGGCCCUCGUCUACAAGGGCCAGCGCGCCGGCGUCAACUUCACCUGGGCGCUGCUCCUCGAGACCCCGGCCGGCGCGCCCGCCGGCACCGAGAGCUCGGCGGCCAGCACCGCCUCUGCCGCUGAGACGGUGCUGCACCUGCGGUUCCGCGGCAAGUCGAACCAGACGGGCUGGAAGGCCAAGGUUGCCGUGCAGGUCGCCAAGGUUUCGGACGCAGUCAUGGCCUCGGCUAUCUUCCCUGGCAUUGCGGAUCGUGUUGAGCCCAAGGCGGAGAAGGCGAAGAAGAUGAAGGACGUGGCUUGA